AUGGCCCGUCUUGAUGAACUGCCAGACGAUAUCCUCCUAUGCAUCUUUGAUCAGGCGUGGAGUGCCUGGGAGACAUGGACAUUCAUGGAUGGCAUCCCGGUGAGCCCAGAAAACCGCUUUCAGCGAAGUUUCCUCUAUGUAAACAAGAGAUUCGAGGCAGUUGUUGAACGCUGGAUGUGUAGCCAGAUUAAACCGUUUGAUGAUGACACAGGGGACAAUGAAACGUGGCUGUCAGCCAUGUUACCCCGACCAGCAAUGCGGCUAUUCAUGAAGAGGUUAGGUGACGCAGAAAGCAUGGUUGAUGGAAAACAGAGGUAUGCAGGAGGAAAAGAGUUCCUAGAGUCCGUCAACCAAGUCACUGAGUAUCUCGUGGGCGAAACUCGGCACAAUGGGAAUGAUCCCUCCACUCUAAGAGACAGUUACCAAAAGUCACUUUGCACGCUGGCUGCAGCGCAGCUUUGUAGCGGUAACCAAGAGCCGUUCUUCGACACAUUCCUCGAGGAAGGUGGUAGGGUGGAACAACGUGCAAAAGAGAUGGUCACCGAUGCUUGUAGCGUUGGUGGGGUAAUAGCCGUAUUUGAGGAUAAUCCCCCUUUGUUAGCUCACCUGUUACGGAAGGGGCCUUUUGAUAUCAAUAUUGAUCACAAGUUCUUUGGCAAUCCCAUCCUUGUGGCCGCACAUAUGGGGCGCCUCGAAUGUAUGAAAAUCCUUCUUGAACAACCAGGAAGAGAGUUUUUGUGCAAUGGUGCAGACUUAAAUGCUUUGCACUUGGCCGCCAGAAGGGGGGAUGUACCAAUGAUCAAGCUGUUGCUAGAUUGUAACGAUGGUACUCUUAAUCAAUUUGAGCAGGAGACUACACCGUUAGGUCUGGCGGCGGGUAAGGGACAUCUAUCUUCUGUAGAGCUCCUACUCCAUGGCCUAGAUCCUCCACCUACCAGUGAGAUUAUCGACAUGGCAAUUACGAACGCUGCAAGCUCUGGCCACGAAGAGGUUGUAAAACUUCUCUGGGAGUAUAGUAGUAUACCCAGUCUUGUAGGGCAAGGGUAUGGCAUGGGGUCUUUGAACAUUGAUGGCGAGGACAGUGACUCCGAGUACAGUGGGGAUGCGGUCGCUGAGGAUGAAGGCGCUGAGGAUGGGUAUACUGAGAAUGAAGGUGCAGAAGACAUCAGUGAACUUGAGGGUUAUGGGUUCGAGGAUAUGCUUGGCAUUGCUGUGGAGACGGAUAUGGCAUUGUUUGCAGCCAAAAAUGGCCAUGAGAAUAUUAUCAAGCUCAUUAUUGACUCUGAUGAGUUCGGGCCCAAGGCCAAAAAGACUAUUGCCCAGUCAUGCUUUCAAGCUGCUCUGCAGUUCGAUAGCACAAGUGUAGCGCAGCUGCUCCUUGACCGCUUUGAAGACUUGGCCAAUAAAGGGUACACAGGCAAUACGAGGCCGUUAGCGGUUGCUGCAGCAUGUACUGCAACAAAAGUCAUGAAACUCUUACUCAAACGAAACGAUAUUAACGUCAACCAUGUUAACGCCGCUGGUGCUACCGCGAUAUGUUAUUCAAUGAGACCUCCUAUGGAGCUGGUUUGUAAAGUGACGGACGAAUUGGAAGCACUGGAACUUCUAGCCGCCCGGGAUGAUGUCGAUGUCAAUUGGGCAGACCGUAAUGGUGAUACUCCGCUGAUUGGUGCUGUUAUUGCAGGAGACCCGCGUAUGGUAAAGGCGUUAAUGGGUCGCAAGGAACUCAAUGUCAACGCAAGAAAUCGGUUUGAUGAAACUGCCCUUUCACGCUCAGUCCUACUGGGGAAUACUGCUAUUGUCAAAGCCCUCCUGGGCCGGGAUGACAUCAAAGCCGACAAAAAAAACAAGCUGGGCCAAACGCCGCUCCUAAUGGCUGCUAUUUCCGACUAUAUCGAUAUCCUGAAGUUGUUUCUCAAUCGAUCUGACGUCAAUAUCGAGGCUCGGGACGCCAAGGGGCGAACGGCUCUUUGGCUAGCAGCCAAGCAAGGGAACAUUCAAACAGUCAAAUGUUUGAUGUAUCACUGUACCAAAAUCGGCGUAGACCUCAACCAACGGGAUGAUGAGGGCAUCUCUCCAUUGGAAGUUGCAAAGCUGGGAGAAAGCGAAGAAUAUCCUGAGGUGAUACAGAUUCUGAGCCAGAACGUCGAGAAGAAUAUCACUGGAAAUUCAUACCAUACUAACAUCACACAGAAGUUCCAAUCCGACGACCACUGCUGUGUCGCUUGCUCGUUAAUACAUCCAGAAGCGCAUGGGGUGUACAGCGGCUUAAUUCCAGGGUUUGCUUUUGUUUGA